AGUCACACAGUCAGAGGGUCCAGAGUCACAUCUAUCUCAUUUUCUCAUCCUCUCUGAGACACGAUGCAUCUCUUCUGGUGGAUCACCCACAUCUUUCUAUCCCUCCCUUCUCUCCUCUCUCUAGUCCAAUCCCUCACAUGCGACAAUGAGACACAGUAUGCUUGGCCAUUGCAUGUAAGCCAAUGGUGCUGCAACAAGUGUCCACCAGGUCAGCAUCUGGUGGGACGCUGCACUGGUCAGAACAGCCCUACCCAGUGUACUGACUGCACAAGCGGCUACUACUCAGACAGCUACAACUUCAACAUAGGCUGCAAAUCCUGCGACGGCUGCAGCAUGAGUGAGCUGCAGUAUGUAUCUCGCUGUUCCACCAAGCAGAAUGAUGUGUGCAGCUGUAAACCAGGCUACCGCUGCAGAGGAAGUGGCACCUGUCUGGACUGUGAGGAGAUCCCCAGCCCAAACACACCCAAACUCAUACCGACACCUCCCAUCAUGCCAGCUGCAGUGUCAAACCACUCAGUGCCUGGUAUCCCUAAUCAUAGACCUAAACCUGUCACCAAACCUGGGCCCAGCACAAAACCAAACCAAGAUGACAACAAGUGGCUCCCGGUGUGUGUGUCUGCAGUGUGUGUGUGUCUACUGCUCACCUGCCUUGUUGCCAUCUCAAAGCUCAAACCUGUUCUGCGAUGGAUUGGUUCACCAAACAGCUUCUGGUCUCCCAAAAAGACAACUCCAGCCAAUCAGAGCACAGCGGAGGAGGAAGUGCCCAUGCCGGUCCAGGAAGUGUGUGGAAAGCCAGAGCUGCUACUGGACGUAUGAUGGAGGAAGUGGGUGUCGAAGGAGAGGAUGAGAACUCACAAGCGAGCUGGGAGACCUGGGAGACAAACAGACUACCUCACAUUCCCAUUGAAGUGAAACUAACCUGAAGGCUAGACAGGCUGCUGUAUUGGUUUAAUGCAGUGGCUUCUGUAUCUAGGACUUUCAGAAAGGACAAGAAAAUAGGACAAAAAGACACUUUGAAGUAUGAAGACACAGGCUAAAGAUGAGUGGGAGUCACUCAUCUUUAACUGGAAGAGUGUGAGUAACUGGAAGAUUGUGAAUCAGACAGACAGACAGACAGACAGACAGACAGACAGACAGACAGACAGACCAGACCAGACCAGACCAGACCAGACCAGACCAGACUAAUUUGUGUGCUGAAUACAUGUACUGUACAUGUUUAUGUUGAAGAUGUUUUACACCUUCGUUACAAUUAUGAUGAUGUUUGCUGUAUCUAUGCUUUAUGCCAGUGUUUACUCUUACAUAGUAGUGGCUGUAUUUUAAAGAACAGAAUCACAAAUGUUACAGGCCUACUGUAAUGUCAUACAAUCGCCCCAUCACCUGUAUUCAUUGAAAAAUUAUAUUUCAUAUUUUGAUUUUAAUUUGUGAAAAAACAGUUCAAGGUGCCACAUGAACACAGAAAAAAACAGUUUGCAGCAGUUGAGACAAAGCUUUUUAUACAGUUCAAUAAAAUGAGAGCAAGUGGAUGUGUACA